AUGCGCCCCAGCCAGCCGUCCAGGAAGCCGCGAAGCCGCGCCAAAAACGGGCCUGCGUUCGUGUUUGUUGAUGCGCCGAAUAACCGCUCGGGAAAACCGCACGAUGAGGCUUCCAGAGCCCAAAUCAGACGGCAGGCUGCGCGGUCGGGGCGGAAGAGUCAGCGUGUACAAUCCUUGGACGGUGAAGAUGGUAGCUGUAGCCCCGAAGAGCUGGAGCUGCAGUCAGAGCCGGGUUUGCUUCAGCUUGUGCAAGUCCAAGGCGGGCCCAUGCUCACAAUGCAGCCCUCAUUCUCCGGCUACGAGGCAUUGCGGGUAAGGUACAACUUCGACAUCACGUACCUGACCAGUUUCACGGACGUGGACCUGGGAAAAACCGCAUCGCUGUUCCUGCACGAACAUGAAAACGGACGGGCGGCGCACCUCACCCGCCUCCUGCAGCGGCAGUCGUCCUCGUCGUUCCUGAGCUACCUUCCCAGUCGCUACGGGGCGAGUGCGGUACUUGACGACGCCAUGCACUGUCUUGCCGCGCGAGCAGGUCAAAUCUUCGGCUUCGGCGUCAGCGCCGGCACGAUUUCCGCGCUGUAUGCUCGGGCAUUGAAGAGCUUGCAGGGUGCGCUGACGGAUAACGGACUGUGUUUGGGGGCUGAUGUUUACUGUGCGACGCGGCUACUAACGCUAUAUGAGUUGAUCGGUCUCCCUGGAGCAAACCACUGGGUUCUGCAUAAUCGGGGCGGGAUUAAGCUGGUUGAGCUGCGAGGACCGGAUAACCAUACGACCAGGUUUGACUGGAUGCUAUUAAAGAGCCAGGGGCCUUCCAUUCUAGUAGACGAGCUAUACAGAAGAAAGACUUCAAUCUUCGAAGCGCCCGCCUGGCAACACCUUUUCAACUAUGCAUCCCGCAGCGAACCGGACCCAGAUAUGAGUCUCUGGUGGGAAAUCUUCAGCAGCAUCAGUUUCGUCACAGGAAUCAUGAAAAACAUGUCCGACCUCUUCCAGCAUCCGCUCCUGGAUGGCAUGUCGUAUACACAAGCACACCAGAAGCUGAAGACCGACACACUGGACCGCGCUCAGUCCAUACACCGCAGGCUCCACGAGAUCCGCGCACGGUCCCAGGAAGCAGGAUCACCAUCCCUAUCUGACCUCCCCCUCACGCCCGAAUCCCCAGACCGCAUCCGACUGCGCGGGUUCUUCCUCUACAGUCUGAUGCAAAUCUGCCGCGCUCUGGCAACAAUAUCAAAGACGGGUACGUCGCGCGCAACAGCAGAAGAAGAAGCGCAGGCUCUCGCAGCGCAGGCACUCCUUAUCCAGUAUGCGACGACAGAUCUGGAUCCGGCCAUGUCGUGGCACUUUGGGCAGAGGAAUGCGCUGGCGGAGUCGAUUGUUGGUAGCCGGGCAGAGUGGAUUUCGGAGGCGGAUUUUGGGAGUUUAAAGGGGGAUUAUUAUGACGAGGAAAGAGAGCGAGAAAGGUUCCUUGGGGCACGCUGGUUGGUCUGGUAUGAGUCGUGGAUGAAUCAGUACCUUUCUGUAGCGUUGGAGUCGUAG